GUGUCAACUGUAAUCUUUCUUUGGAAUUGAUAAGAUGGAAAUGCUAUUUAGCAUGUUAAAUCAAUCUUGUUGUCACACGCGCAUGAAAAUACUUACAAGAUACCAAAAACAAGGGAGAAGAAGUGAUGACGUCACAAGUAUUCAUCGCGGACCAGUCGGCGACACAGCGUGUGGUCUGACCAAUCAACGGCCGCGUUAUAUGCCUCUGGUAUCGACAGUGGCAUAUGCAUGCAUUGUUGCGCAUGGGGCACACACGUUUUGGAGAAUAGUCUGGGGUUGAGUGUAUAUUUUGUGUGUGUGUGUGUACAGAGAAGAGCAUAGGUUGAGGAGACGCAGGUUUUAUACAUGUGUGUCAAGUUUGUGUGGUACCUCCUUCGAGUGGAAUAUCUUUUGAUAUGUUGAUGUGUCAACCGGAGUGCGGACAGAUCUUUAAAAAGUGACCACUUCACAAGACGGAUGCCUCAGAUUUAUUUUGUAAACAAUUCGUUUACCAUCUCUGAUUUGGGACUUUUGCUGCUGGUAUUUCUCGCCUCUAAAUUCGACUUUUGGAACAUACUUUGCUCUGAAACAUUUUAAACAAGAUUCUCUUUGACAGAAAGGGUCAUUGGGAAAAGUUUAUUCCAUAUUUAUCUGAUAGAUAUUUUUGCUGAAUGAAUUGAGAUAUCUAUGCGUAAUUUGUGACUCUUCAGCUAAAUUUUGCGAGGCUUUUAAUCGUCUUUCUUUUCUCUGGAGUUGACAUCGUGCCAUGAAUCUAGGUGGUCCAGGUGACCCACCAGCACAUACACAUCCGCCGCACACCUCUACAUCACCCAACGACAUGCCUGUGGUUCCUCCCCAGCUCCAGCCCGGUCACCACAUCCACCGUCCCGCUCACCACCACCUCCACCAAUCGGGCAUGCCGCCACCGCCAGGCGGACCGACCGGUAUGCUGCUCCGAGCGGAGAAGCCUUACCCCCGCACGCCUAAGUGCGCCCGGUGCCGCAACCACGGGGUGGUGUCAGCGCUCAAAGGCCACAAGAGAUACUGUCGAUGGCGGGACUGCAUCUGCGCUAAAUGUACCCUGAUCGCAGAGAGGCAGAGGGUGAUGGCUGCUCAAGUGGCUCUCAGGAGACAACAAGCGCAAGAAGAGAAUGAAGCGAAGGAACUUGGACUUUAUUACGAGACUUCAGAUGGUGCUAUCUACGCGAUGAAUGGGAUUGCUGUCCAGACACACAAGGGUUAUGAUCCUUACCGGAAUCAACAAUCUGAACAGGGGCAAGGGCAAGGACAAGGACAAGCUCAACAAGGAGGUGGUGCGGAUCAGAAGAGAGCUCGUCUAGAGAUCAUCCGUGCUCCAGCCAGUCCGCCGUCAGCUAACCCUGCCCCACCCCACAGUCCAACCAGCUUACCUAAUCAAGAUCCUCGGGUCUCAUCACCAGACACAAGGAGUCCACGUAGCGUCAGUGCAGGCACCAUGUCUCCUACCAAGUCACUAUCACCGGUGGCAUCUCCUAGGAUAGAGUCCGCAGAGCAGAGUGAAGUCAUCAGGACACCAGGGUUUGGUAUGAUUCAACCAGGGUCUGGACUCGACUUUGAGCAUAGCGAGGCAAGGAGGCUUGGGUUCAUGCAACAGCAGCCGUCAACCACUGCGUCAGCUGCCGCAGCCCUUGCGUCGAGCUUGAGCUUCGCUGGACAGUCUGGACUUGGCGGUGGGAAGGGCCAGCGACCGCCCAUUGAAGUACUUUGUCGGUUGUUCCCGACGCAGAAGCGAGCCGUUCUUGAACUCAUGCUCCAAGGCUGCGACGGCGAUGUCGUGCAGGCCAUCGAACAACUUCUCAAUUGCCAACGCGAAGUAUCAGCUUCUUCGUCAACGUCGUCGACGCCGUCAACGGCAUUGACCACAGACUCUGUCACGUACCCGACGACGGCAACCACCGUACCGUCGGUGGCCGAGCCACCCUGCAUUGCACAUCGCCCGUACUUGUCUACAACCCCUGUAUGUACCGCAGGACUCAAGUCGGCUUUCUCUCCCCUUACUGCUUCUCAUGAUAAGACUCUGAUUCAGCCACCGGUUACACAUGCUGGGCUACCUCCCAUGAGGCUAGCAUACCCGUCAUAUCCCCGUGGAAUCACGUUCUGGAACCCCUACACCUCUGCAAUGAUCCCAGCGGCUUUUGGUGUCCAACAACCAGCAGAGUGCCACUUCAAUGGUAUCAUGGGAGGGCCGAGGAAAGACAACACCAGACCCAACGGUGCUUUCGGAGGAGGAAGUCCAUGAGAUCUUCAAUAACUCUCCACCAAUGUCAGCUGAAAUUCGCGGAACUUUCGGGAAGAUGUACUCCUUCAAAGAACGGCUCUUAGAUGUAUGAUCAUGAUACUUUUGGAACACAAAUGAGCAGGAAUGAAAAAGCAAUUAACUCUUCAUACUUGGCCUACCUUAGUGACUACGACUAUAGUUUCCUUGACGUCGGGAGCUUUUGAAGUGAACAUCUAGACGGACAUCGUUUCUAACAUUUCGAGUACUCUGACUGCUUUAAUGAGAGUGUCGUCUGGAUUUAAUGCUGUUGGUAUUUUCUUCAAAGAUAAUGGAACUAUUCAAAAGCAGAAGUAUGUUAAGAAAGAAACUCCAAAUUUCGAUGCUUCUUUCAAGUGGAAGUUGGAGAACAUUCACACUACGCAUACUUUUUGAAGCUUUGUGCCAUCUGUGGACUAUUCCUCUCUCUCUCUCUCUCUCUCUCUGCUCAUCGCCAUUUUGCCAGUUUUGUCUAGCUGUUUUAAAACGUAUCCUGAUUGAACUUGAUUUAUGAAAUGUGGAUUUAAUUUGUACGAUGGCUAUUAGCGAUGUUGUAAUCAUAUGAAGAAUAACGAAAUCAUCAAGAAUACAUUCGUAUCCAUGGAAACGGAUCAUAGAUUCUCAUAAUCUUGCGUCGAUGAAAAAUUGAAAUGUUGUACAAAAAGAAGACAAUUACCAUCGCUCAACUCCUUAACGCAUAAACAAUUUGAUUUCAUUACAAUUUAUUGAACGAACCAAGCAUUAAAACAUAAGUUCGCGAAUAUGUUUUCUGGGCGUCAUGCUUGUGGGGCAGAAAUUAAUUAUGAAAUGAAUGAGAUAGUGAUAGCAUGAUCAUUUGCAUUGGUUUAUAAUAAGGAUUCUUGCACUAAUAAGUAAACUCUUUUUUUAGUGAGCUACAAUCCUGUUUGAAUAAAAUUUUUGACCAGUACAGGGCGUCUAUAUAAUAAUAGAAAUGUGUGAUAUUACCUUUCGCUUCUGAUUGAAAUACUAAUAUUUUAGAUAAAUUUCAACAACAGUUUAAGCUCAAUUCUAACCCGACAUUGUUGUCUUUAACAGGACGAACAUCAGCUUGCCCGAGGCUUGCCUGACUUACACGUACGACAAAUGUAUUCAUAUCAGAUUCGUAUAGACACUGUCAUACACAGUACUAGUGGUUAUAUUUGGUUGUAAUGAUGUUAGUUUGGUCGAAAACACAAUGGGCAGAAACAUAAAUAAAUAUGAAUUUGAAUGUAUUAGAGAAUUUUUCGGUUAAUGACUCUUGUAUGGCGAAUUGGCAACAAUUAUUAAGAAUAAAAAAUUAUUUCACCAGGAAAUUUAAGCUCUUUUAUGAAACAGCAUUUCAAUUUUGUAUUCAGUCGGCUUUUUUUUCUUCAUUCUUGUAUGAAUAUGUAUUCAAUAAUUGACAAUAUUGAAAAUUGUGUGAGUUUCUUUUAAAUGGAUGAUAACCUGGAAUACGAUGUAAUUGCAAUGGAUGGAUCUAGAUAGUGCUAAAGUAAACAUAAGAGGAAGGAGGGCGGAAUGUUUAUGGAGGCUCGCCUGCCGUAUAAAUACUCUUCCAGGGUUUUUUUGUCUUCUUCUUUGGAGUUUUAACGGGGACAGGGCAUUCACAGUCUUUAAUCUAUGCUUGAUACGCCCCUGAUGAGGAUAUAGGAACAGAUUAAGAGUGAACAAUAAGUGUAGCUAACUAUAUUUGUUUUAAGCGUCAGUACAUACAGUAAAGUCAAGUCAAGUAAAGUGACAUUUGAAAUAAAAGCGUAGACAUUUAUUUAUAUGUGUACAUAUUGAUAUACCGUUGUAUUUCUCCAAACUAAAAGGAUCAGCUUAAUUGUAACUAGUAGAAAAAUACAAACUGUUAAGAAAAUGCGUUGAACCGAUUAUCAUUCGAUUCUUAGGACGUGCAUAUUUUCAUCUGUGUAUACAUAUUGUAUUGACAAAAACUAAAAUUCAGUCGUUGGAAAAUUAAAAGAAAACGUCAACAAA